CUCUUACAAUCUUCUGGAAACUGGUCAUUUACUUUUUUUUUAUUGUUAAUAUUCAACUUCAUUCUUCAUUUUGUAUUCUUCGAUUCUUCUAUUCCACCUUUUUUCUCUUUGAUUUCUUUUUCUUCUUUUAUCAUUUCUUAUUGCAAUCUUUUGGAUCAAUCUAUCUUCACUUCUUUUGCUCACAUUGUUUUAUUUAAGCACCAUUUAGCAAAAAUAAAAUAAUACUAAAUAAAUUAAAAUUCUUUUGUUUUAAAUUAAGUCAUGAGAUUUUAAAUUUCUUCAAAAAGUAUUCAAUCCCCAAAGUUUUUACUUGAUAGCAAUUUUAUACACCUUCCACUUUCCCACUUUCUGCUUUUUUUUUUGGAUUUAAUUAAUUAAUUAUUGGAAUUAUCCUGAUUCAGAAUAUUCGAGUAAUAAACGACUGGAAUUUUACAACCACUCAAUUAUGCAAAACCAAAUUCAAAAGCCUGUGUUCAAUCAAACAGUCAACUUGGUCCAAAAAUUUUAUGACAAACCAUUUAAUCCUUUACCAAACUUGAAUGAAUAUGAGUUACUAAAUGAUCUUGGUCAAGGUACUUUUGGUGUAGUUUCAAAGGCCAAACAAAAAAAAUCCAACAGGACUGUUGCAAUCAAAAGAUUAAAACACUAUGAAAGGGAUAAAAAUGGAUUUUCAAUAACUUCUUUAAGAGAAAUCUUGAUACUAAAAAACAUCAAGAAUAUAAAUAUCAUUCAAAUUAUCGAUAUAAUAGUUGAAAGAAAAAAAAGAAAAGACAACAAUUCAAUCUCUUUGGAUUUUUAUAUGGUAACUCCAUAUAUGCCAUCUGAUCUAACUGGUAUUUUACAAAAUCCUAGAAUUAGUUUAACCUAUUCUCACAAAAAGUGUUUUAUUCACCAAAUCUUAAAAGCUGUGAAUUUCCUUCAUGAAAACAAUAUAAUUCAUCGUGAUAUUAAGACUUCAAAUAUUCUAAUCAAUUUUAAUGGAACUUUAAAAUUGGCUGAUUUUGGAUUGGCAAGAAAAUAUUAUGGUUCAACUCCAUCUCAGCAUCCUACUGGCAAUCCUGUUGGCAAAUUUAAAUACACUGCAACUGUCGUUACAAGAUGGUAUAGAGCUCCAGAAUUGGUAUAUGGGGAAAUCAAAUAUACUCAAGCAAUUGAUAUAUGGAGUAUAGGCUGUGUUAUUGGUGAAUUAUUCCUCAAAUCUCCUAUAUUAACAGGUAAAACAGAUUUAGAUCAAGGUGUAAAAAUUUUUGCUCUAUGUGGAACUCCCUUUUGUGAUAGUGAAACUUUGCAAUACUACCAGUCCUUGCCAGCUUUUAAGACUAAUGUCGGCCUUAAUAAUUUACCAUUUAGACAUAGUUUAAAUAAUGUUUUUUUACAACUAAUGGAUGAUGAUGAAGAGGGUAUAAAAUUCUUGUCCAGAUUUUUGAAUUUGAAUCCCUUUAAAAGAAUUAAUACUUUAGAAGCCUUGAAUGAUAACUAUUUCAACUUAUACCCUCUACCUUGCUUACCCGAAGAGUUACCAGAAUUUGAAGAAUCUCAUGAAAUUGAUAUCGAAAGAUUUAAAAAAGAAAGGCAAAUGAAUAACUUCUCUCCAAACAGAGUCUCCAGUCAGAGAAAUGACUUCAAUCCAUAUAGCAAACAAAUUAAGAAAUCAAAAAUGAAUUCCACUCAAAACAACUAUCCUAAUCAAAAUCAGAAUCCUAUGGCAAUGAAAUAUAAUCAGGAUGAAAGAUUAGCUAAACCAUAUUAUAAUGGAGAUAUAAACAAUUCUUUCAACAAUAAAAACACUUCUUUUGUUAAUCCACCCAAUCAACAUGGCUAUCAACAAAAUUAUAACAAUAAGAAACGAACUUACAGUGCUGCUGUCGGAAAUACCAAUAGAACUGCUAGUACAAGUUUCGGUUCCAAAGAAAUGAAUGAUAUUUUACUAAACUUAGACUAUUGAUUUUUCCGAUUAUUUUUCCUUUUUUUUUUUUCAUUUCCUAGAUCAAAAAUAAUGGCCGUUAUAUGCUCUCUUAGAAGAAGGAAAAAAAACGAUUUUAACACAUUGGAUUGGCAUGGUUUAAAAACCAAUUUUAUAAAAUGUGCUUUAUAUAUUAUACUAUAUUAACAACUGGCUGCUUCAUAUCUAUAUCUAUAUAUGUAAAUUAAAUUAUUUAGCUAUUCAUUUAUUUAUAUUAAUAGGUAUAUACAUAUAUACAUUCUUUGCUUUCAUAAAUUUCGCUGACUUUAGCUAACUUGUUCCAAC